AUUAUUCGUUUUUUUCACCUCAUUUGCUGUGUUUCUUUAUCAGUAACGUUAUAUAUAUAAUGACACAUCACCUGCUUCAUUAUUAUUCACACAAAUCAUUACCGCGUCAGUAAACAAAAUAUUUACUUGAAGUAUUGUGGUUAAUUUAUUACUAACGUUACAUGCUGUGCCUCUUUAACGAGAUCGACCAACUGGGAGUCGUUUCGAUUUGGUUUAAAAGUAAGUACUUGUAUAAAUAUUUUUCAAAUAAGGGUGUAUACAAUAACUGUCAGUCUGUUUCUGUGAGUGCCACGUCGUAAGAAUGAAACUGAAGAAACCGUCUGCGUAACUACUCAUCUUAUCGUGUUUAUAAUGAAACAAAACCAUCCUCAGGCUUAUUAAUCUGCUGUCAGAGAGCUGGUCAUAUACUGUCACUCCUGUGGUGAUGAAAUGUGAUCUUAGGCCUGAACUUACUGACAUCCUGACUGAGUUUAUGACAUGUUGAGCUUUGUUUCAGGGGCUGUUGGGUAAUCAAGUCACCUGUUGCCACACCACUCUUUCAAAACCUGUGGUUUUACCAUGGUACGGUGAUGCCAAUACCGUGGUAUUGAAAGACUGCUAUAUCAUGUGAACCUGUCAUACACACAAUUCAAAUCAAAAUCAGAAGAAAACUGUCUUUGCAUCAUGGCAUGGUCUACUUUUUUUGUAUCAUGCAAAAUGUAUUUCUUGUUGAUUUUGGGGUCAAAUAUGAGCCUGAGAUGUGAUAUUCCUCCAUUUCCUCCCAUUAUUUGAUGGCGCUCACGUGAUCAUUGAGACAUGAUGACACACACAUGUUGCGUAAUUCGUCCUGUGGUUUGUCUUUCAGUGAUUACCUGUUCAAGCUCCUGCUGAUCGGAGACUCGGGCGUGGGGAAGUCCUGUCUUCUGCUGCGUUUUGCUGACGACACGUAUACAGAGAGCUACAUCAGCACGAUCGGAGUGGACUUCAAAAUCAGGACGAUAGAGCUCGACGGAAAGACCAUCAAACUACAGAUCUGGGACACGGCCGGCCAGGAGCGGUUUCGCACCAUCACGUCCAGCUACUACAGAGGAGCUCACGGGAUCAUCGUUGUUUACGAUGUCACGGAUCAGGAGUCCUUCAACAACGUCAAACAGUGGCUUCAGGAGAUCGAUCGCUACGCUAGUGAAAACGUCAACAAGCUCCUGGUGGGAAACAAGUGUGAUCUGACCACUAAGAAAGUUGUGGAAUACACGGCAGCGAAGGAGUUUGCGGACUCUCUCAGCAUCCCGUUCCUGGAGACGAGCGCGAAGAGCUCCAGUAAUGUGGAACAGGCCUUCAUGACCAUGGCGGCGGAGAUCAAGAGGAGAAUGGGCCCCGGGGCCACCGCGGGAGGCCCCGAGAAAUCCAACGUCAAGAUUCAGAGCACGCCGGUCAAGACGUCCUCCGGAGGAUGCUGCUGAGACCCAGCGACAGUAACGUUACCAACCGUACGCCACAGCUGAGUUAGCAGGAAGUGAGUGUGUGUGUGUGUGUGAGAGAGAGAGUGUAUGUGCAAUAAAGACUGAGAAUAUUAAAGAAAAGGAGAGUAAGAGAGGAUCAAAUUAAACAUUGCCUGAUAUUGAAUCAUGCAUGCACAUGGAUGCAUGACCAGGCAAACACGCGUCCAACUGUCUGCCGGCUUAACGGCUCAAAUUCCGUCCGCUCUUUAGACAAGCAUCCAAAAGCACUUCCGGAUGCCGGCGUUUUUAGAGGAGCGCCACCAGGUUUGGCUUUGAACUUCCUCUUUGGAACUUUGAAGGAAGCGGUGGACUGUGAUGUCAUAACUGACCUCGGAACAGUGGGUUCCGUUACUAUGGCUCCCAGUGAUGUUGCUACGGCGACCUCUCCUUCUCUCUCGUUUGGUGGACCGUUUGCCUGUUUGGCCAUUUCUUCUGUUUUGUUUUUUAUCUGUGCUCUGCAGCAUUUCAGUGGUCCUCUGAGCGUGACCAACGCGACACUUACAAUGAGCUAGUCAUGUUUCUGACCUGUGCUAGUUGUUUGCCACAUUUCUAACCGCAUUAUCAUCCUGUGCAAUUUUUUUGUGGUAUAAUCGAGAACCGAAUCCUGGGCCGCUGUCGUCGUUUACUCUCCCUCAGGUUGUUCCACAGCUGUAUGAGUUUCUUUCUUCUGUUGAUCACAAAAGAUGUUGGUUAUUUAGUUGUGAUAUUUAGUUGCCGGUAGCCAUUCACUUCCAUAGUGUGGGAAAAAAAAUACUGUGGAAGUCAAUGGAUACCGGCAACUAUUUGGUUCUCAACCGUUUUCAAAAUAUCUUCUUUCGUGUUCAACAGAAGAAAGAAACUCUGACAGGUUUCGUACAACAUCAGGGUGAAGAAAUUAUGAACUAUGCCUUUAAAUGUCUAUAUUAUCAAUUAGUUAUUAUUUCUCUUAAUUCGUUUUGAUGCUUAUACAUCAUGUAUAUUAUAUGGAAGCUUGUUUUUGUAUCCAUGGGAUAAAAAAAAAAAACGGUAAGUGCAACUUUUUACC